AUGCGGGAGUUUGAGGAAUCUCGGGAAUCAACGCCUCAGCAGCCGCCAUUGGCGUGGCCUGUGGAAACAGCAGCUUCUACCGCCGAAGCUGCCACGGCGGCGGUGAUAAAAGGACCAAAGGAGGAAGGGAAGGAUGGGUAUACCCUCACUGCGGUGCUUUGCACCAAUGUCAUUCGGGCCGCCAUUCGUGGGGCAGUGGAAGAAGUUGUGAAGGCGACAAAGAAAGCCUGGUAUCUAUCUGAAGAGGCGGAGCACAGACUACGCACGGAGCGACGACGCAUGCGGAGACGACAAGCAGAACGCGAUCGAGCGGAGAAGGAGUUGAUUAAUGUCGAGAAAAAAAGCAUUCUGUGGGGAGAGGAGGAAGAGCAGGAGGAGGAAGAGGAAAAGGAAUCCAAACAUCGGGUUGACACCGGGGAUGACAAGGAGGCUUUCAGUACACCGCUGAAGCAAUCGACAAGGCGUCAGUAUCAUAAAAAACGAGAAGAGAAACAAACAGUUCGUCUGCAACCUCCUGCUGAUGACGGUUGCGGUGUUUGCUACCGAAAAGAUACAGUAAGCCCCUGUGUGAAAUGUGAUUCGCAGGUGUGUCUGUACUGUGGCCCCGCUGCUGUCCACAGCGCAUGUUGUGAAGAACACCACAUCAAUGUUAUCAACGCCCACCGCCGUCAUUUGUCAGGGGAGCCACAAAAAGAGAAGCAAGAAACCAAAGAAGUGGAAAGAGAGAAUGGAGAUGACUCAUCUUUGUGGGAAGUGGAAGAAGUGGUGGCCGUGCCACGAAAAGAUGAAGUUGGGAGGUCACCGCUUGGUGUUCGUCGGAAGUUGUUGCCUGACGAUUAUGAUGAAAAAGAAGAAAAGGAGGAUCAGGAAAGCGAAGCGAAAGAGGUCGAGUCACCUGGAAGCGUGGAAGAACCCAGGACAGUGCGAAAGCGGUACGAGGCCUUUUUUGUUCCGCUAUCCCGCGAUGCGGAGCCGAGGCGGCCGAAGCCGCCGACGCCAAGAAAUUACGUGCCGGGUGUCUUUGCCGCAAAGUACAAACACAAAAAGGCGGAGAGGAGGUGCAGCCCGCCCGUACGGCGUGCACGCGCCAACAAACACAUGAGCGCCGCUGCUGCUGAGGAGGUGCAGCAGUCGCAGCGACGAUUCCCCAGGAAUGGCCUCAAGGAGCAUCUGGCAGCAGCCCAUAACAACCAAAAACAACAGCGCCCGGAGUACCCACGCCAACCCUUCGCUUCGUUGAAUCCACAAUUUAGGGAGCCGCCCCCUGUCCGCGCUGACUCGCGGCUGCGCAGACGCGAGGCCGAGCGUGUCGUCAUGGAGGACCCGCUUUCUGCCUUUGGAAGGGCACCCUCUCCGAGUCAUUUGGGAGUUCAUUUCCCCGCCAAAACAAGACGCCCAUCGCGAAGCAUGAUGGGGCGCAUUUCUCCCUUUGAAGCAUCAAUUGAGCUCGCUAAGGGCUUUGACGACUUUGCCCACCGCGACCCCACCGGCCUUGAGCGCACUUACUAUGAUGGAAAGCCUGUACGACCUAUUAAACGGGAUUAUAUGUCUGAUGAUCUGGCAGACUUAAGUAACCGCUCCAGUGUACGAAGGCAGCAUCAAGAACAGUACAGAUCACGGGCAAUGGAGUUUAGAGAGGAAGAGGGACAUGUAAACGUCAGUCGUGAACGCGUGUUCGUUACGAGUUACCAUGAAGUGCCUCUUUACAUGGGAACACAACGCAAUCACGAAUCGUUGCCGUAUAACUCACAUCAACGUGAAGAGUGCAAUGUGCGCACCACGCCAACACUACAUGAGUUAGAUCAGCGUCUUCGGCACCUUAGACAGCACCGCCUCUUUGAUCGUGUUUCUCAACGCUCCCCUGACCGUCACUGUUCACGUCAUCACUUCAAUCAGGAGGGUGAAAUUUACUGCGGCUGCCAUAAUGCAGGAUCAAGUAAGAUACGGCGGCCCACACCAUGCUCCCAUGAUCCUUGUAUCACCGUUCACCUCUUUCCUGACACCCGUAUUCCCACAGCAGCAGCCGGACCAAUGAAAAUGACACGCGGAGGAAGCAGCCGGCGAAAUACCAGCCGUACUGAUAGACGUUCAACGCUUCGGGUUGUAUCACCGCCAUGGCGAACAGAACUCAAUUCUGGACCACUGCGACCGUCGUGGAGUUUUGAGCAGCCGCACUCAUUUAUAACAAAGUCAUACAAACGAACUUUGUUGCCGGUCGAACCGUGA